AUGUCAGGCAGAGUACGGCCGAUCGAGAAGUUUGCCAAAGCAACAGCCCAAUGCUCCGUGGAGGCUGCGGCAUAUGGAAAAUGCGUUGUCGCUGACUACCAAUCAGUCCACAAGGACAUGUGCGUGAAAGAGUUUAUGAGGCUCAAAGACUGUUAUCUGGCUGCGGCAAAGAAGCUAUAA